UCUCUCUUCAUCUGCAUCUUAUUCUUCUACUCCUAACAUGUAUAAAUAUGUUAAGUGAUUAAUAGCAAAGGAUCCCAUUAACUUUGUUAACAAGUGCAAGCUAGCUACCUAGUUCAAUUUUCCUGCAUAAACAUUUCAAACGCUAUCAUAUCAUAUCAUCUCUUACCAUUUCAUAUCACAUUCCCCAUUAACUUAAAGUAACAUUGUUCCAUUAAGAUUCUCUCAUCUCAUCAACCCAUUCCAGAUUCUUCUCUUUUUUCCUUCCUGGUUUUCGAAUCUUCAGGACCACGGAUUGCAUAAGUUUCUGCAGAUUGGUCUUGCUGUCAUAUGGGGAUUUCCUUCUCAUGUCCAUUUGCCAAGUACAAUGAUGUGGAGGAUGGCUUAGACUCCGUUGUUGUAAAAUCCAUCAACUUUGGCAAUGAUGAAAUCAAAACUCCAAUGCGAUCGGUCAGUUUCAAGAAUGAUGAUUUAGAACCCACCAUCCUUAAAUCUCUAGGUUCUGGAAAGAUGACAGUAGAGACAUCUGUGAGCUUCAAAAGAAAGGACAUUGAUAACAUUAUCUCAACCAACACUUUGUCAUUUGACCAAGAGGAAAACAUGCCUAUCUCAAGGACUAGCAAGAAGAGCAAAGAAAUGGAUGAUCUGCCUUUUAAGUCAGAGUGUCAAGUGGAAACCAUCCAGUCUGCACUUCUAAAUCCAAACAGCCCCAAACACAUUGCUGCACUUAAAUUGCAGAAAGUAUACAAGAGCUUUCGCACGAGAAGAAAGCUAGCAGAUUGUGCAAUUCUUGUUGAACAAAGCUGGUGGAAACUCUUGGAUUUUGCUGAACUUAAGCGCAGCUCCAUAUCUUUCUUUGAGAUUGAGAAACAUGAAACUGCUGUUUCUCGUUGGUCCAGAGCUAGAACUAGAGCUGCUAAGGUUGGAAAAGGUUUAUUAAAAGACGAUAAAGCUCAAAAACUUGCUUUACAGCACUGGCUUGAAGCGAUUGACCCACGCCAUCGCUAUGGACAUAAUCUACACUUCUAUUACGAUAGGUGGCUUCAGUGUCAGAGCAGAGAACCCUUCUUCUACUGGCUAGAUAUAGGAGAAGGAAAGGAAGUAAAUCUUGAGAAAUGCCCUCGUUCCAAACUUCAACAGCAAUGUAUUAAAUAUCUUGGUCCGAUGGAAAGGCUGGCUUAUGAAGUUGUUGUGGAGGACGGAAAGUUCUUCUACAAGCAGACAGGAGAGCUCCUUAACACUGGAGAAGAUGCACAUGCCAAGUGGAUUUUUGUCCUUAGCACAUCUAAGACAUUGUAUGUUGGCAAGAAGACAAAAGGUUCAUUUCAGCAUUCUAGCUUCUUGGCUGGAGGAGCUACAUCUUCUGCUGGGAGACUAGUGGUUCAAAAUGGUGUCUUGAAGGCUGUUUGGCCUCACAGUGGUCAUUAUCGUCCGACAGAAGAAAAUUUUAAGGAAUUUAUUUCAUUCCUUCAGGAGAACAAUGUGAGCCUUUUAGACGUCAAGAUGGAUCCAGUUGAUGAGGUUGAUGACUUACUUUCUCUGAGAAGUAGUGGUCAUCUUAGAAGCCACUCAUCUGAAGAGGACUUCACUGAGAACAUGAAUGGCCUGGAGAUUGAAGAGACCACUACUGAAGACUCAGUUGCAGUAGAGAAGGCCAAUUUGAUCGAAACCGAGAGGCCUUCUGCAUUGAUGGCACCUAGCCCAAGGCAAUUUCAAAUUCUUGGAAGAGAACUGGGCAAUCUUGAAAUACCAAAAAGGGGUAAUGUGUUUGAAGGACUAGAAAAUGAGAUAGAAGGUGUUGAACAAAGUUGUGUGAGUUUCCCUAUGGAAUCACACACAGGUAGUCAAGAAACAACACUAGCAUUUGUACCAGAACUAGACCAUACCAUUUCAGAGAAAAAAAACUUAUCUGAUGACAAUGAUGUAGAAACCAUUCCACAAGAGUCCAUACUCAAAAGAAUCAACUCACAUAAAGAAAUGAAAUCAUAUCAACUGGGGAAGCAGUUGUCUUGCAAAUGGACAACCGGAGCGGGACCGCGCAUUGGCUGUGUGAGGGACUACCCUUGUGAGCUUCAGUUCCGAGCAUUGGAGCAAGUUAAUCUGUCUCCAAAAAGUGGAUCCCGCUCUAAAUCAUCUUUUGCUCUUAGAAGCACCAUUUUGUUGAGCUCUAGUCUUUCAAAUGUGGCAAGUUUAUGUGGGGACUUAACAAUAGAACCACUUCACAUGCCCCAAAGAGGUGAGUCCUAUAGUUCAAGAUCAGAAUGCUCCCCUUUGAUCAGAGGAACAUCAGUGAUACCAGUUAUUCAUAGUUCAUGAGUGAAUAGGAUUCUCCAUUAUUUUAUUCUUUUUGUGUCAACAGGUGACCGAUUAAUAUAUGUAUUUUUGUUAUUCUUUCCAUUGAUUCACACAGGCAUUCUUUUUUCACUCAUGUAUAGUACUAUAGGAUUAAAACUCAAAAAGUGUAAAAUUAUUUUGGGAUUUAUUUUUCCUCCCAAUACAAAGGAAACAUUUGAUCUUCCGCCAUGCAACAAGUUCAUGGGUUCAAUUCAAAUCUAUUUAUAAUAUAUUGAAGGUUUUUGAUGA